AUGGAACCCAACCGUUUAUGCAAACGCUGUUCCCGCGCCCUCACAGCAUCCAAGACACUCUGGCAACCGAGACCGGUGGGCGACCCUGACUGGCCAGGCGAGAGAUUCUUCCACAGCAAGAACACAAAACAGAUGUUGAGGGACUCGGUAAUUGCCGCCGGUUGCCAUCUGUGCAUACAAGUCAGUCAAGAUGACAACUUUCCGCGCGCCGGGGAUGACCAGAGAGUCAUGGUCGAAUGCAGCCGAUCGAGGGCUUUCGAGGGCGAUGAAGGGAACAUUCCGAUUGUUUCAUUUUCCGCUAUUUCCUGCGCCGAGUGGGACGACAAUUGGGCUUCAUUGCCGGACCCUUCCAAAGAUGAAGAGCCUCAAGGUGAUUCGGAUAUGACCCCAUUGGCGAAAUUCAAGCUCGAACGGACCGAUGGUAGCGCAGGAGCGAAAUCUCUUCUACCCCGAAGACUACCAGAUGGUUCGAUGUUCGUGUUGCCUUCCUCAACCAACUCGCCCGAAGCCUUUGGCCUUGUGCGACACUGGCUAGAUGACUGUCUCAAUAACCAUCCGGAAUGCAAGGGGUCCAACUUCAAGAGACUCCCGACAAGGCUUGUCGAUGUAGGUGUUGCGGACAACAAUGGACAGAAGAAGCUUACACGACCGCGCAUCUUCGUCCCAAACACGACUUCCCAAACACCGGCCACGAUCCCGUAUCUCACUCUCAGUCACUCAUGGGCCUUGACCGGAUCAUCUCUAAGGCUAACAACCAAGAAUAUCGAGGACUGGCAGAAACCUGAAGCAGCCGAACAUGGAGGAAUACCAAUCGACGGUCUAGCCCAGACAUUCCUCGAUGCAAUGCGAAUCACGCAGCAACUAGGCUACCGAUAUAUCUGGAUCGACUCUCUCUGCAUUAUGCAGGACUCAUCAGAGGAUUGGAAGCGGGAGGCCCAGACGAUGGCAGCCGUCUACGGUAACUCUUUGUUGACCAUCUUUGCUUCGGGGAUGGGCAUGGCAGGAGGUCAAGGCGCCAAUGCCGACACUUGCUUCUCAGUGCGAAACCCCCUGAAAGUGUAUUCCCCCAUCAUCACGUCUCCUUUGUGCGAGGAAAACGCAUCUUUUUACGCCAUUCGUGAAAAGUACGAACCCAACGUGGACGAGAUGUUAUGGGGCGCUAAUCAGAAAAACCCGCUCCUAUCACGAGGCUGGAUCGUCCAAGAGCGUUUGCUGUCGCCUCGCAUCAUCUACUACGGGGCCGAUGAGCUCUACUGGGAGUGUCGUCUCCAUGAGGUCUCAGAAAGUUGCCCUUUUGGAACUGGCUUGAAGAAGGAUGCUGAGGCUUCUCAAUCUAUCUGGACCGCUAACGCAAAGUCCGUAUACCAAGACUUGCAGGAUCCUUUCCCUGCGAGCUUGAAGGCGACGGGCAUGGAUAUGGGUAAUGACAACGAAGACGCAAAAUACGCACAGCAUUUGCAUGAACUCGCUGCCUGUUGGAUGACCUUACUCACCUAUUACACCGCCACCGAACUCACCUACCCGUCCGACAGGCUCAUCGCACUCGCAGGAAUGGUAACAGCGAUAGAGGACAGCAAAGGCUGGACCUAUACCCUCGGGAGCUGGCAAGAGCUUUGGCCUUUUGACCUCCUCUGGGGCUUCGAUAGUGUCCUCAAUGUCGAGCUGUUUAACCCGGGUUGGUAUCCCGAUGACAGCGAGAAACGACGCCAAGAUCGCGAUGAGAUGGCCCAGAAACUGUUGAAAGGUCAAUCCUACCCCGAGUCGCAUGCCAGUACGACCCUGGGCCUCCCUUCAUGGUCAUGGGCAGCUACCGAAGCACCCAAAUCCUUCUGGUUUGGAUCUUCUGGUUCACUUACAUGGAAAUGCCAGGUCGAUGUUUUCGGCAGGACGACCACCGGUAUGCCGCAAGAAAGUGGGAUCCUGGCCCUGAAAACGUACAAAAAGCAGUUGUACGACAUGCCCCCCAUCGACUUGAGCUUGAUGUGGGACGACGACGAAAGUUUCUAUUCGAAAGAUGAGGUAUGCUGUUUGUUGGUAUUCGAUCAUUUCGCACGGGGUGGGCGACGAGCUCUUCAGCGGGGGUUGAUGGUUGUCCAAGUCCAAAUGGCCGAGAGUGCUCCGUCGAGUGAAGUCGCCGAUGACACCGGAACGAUGACGGGAAUGCGGUUCUACUGUCGCCGGGUAGGAAAGUGGGAAAAUACUUGGGGCCCGCCUGUUAUCAACAGGAGUAAGGAUGAAGAGGCGGUGGUGUAUUUGUGUUGA